AUGGGUCCAUUGGCCGUCUUCGCCUCAGGCAGAGAAUCUAAUGCCUUUAUGCAUCCAAUUGUCCAGGCUGUAUGCCUAGUUCUGGAUGACUGGUCGAUGGUUGAAAUUGUCAAGUCCAUGAUACUGGCAGAUGGUGCCGAGCCAGCCUGGAGCCCAAGACCCUCUCGGUCAAGUAAAUUCCCGCCCCUGCUGCGACUUGGCCUGAUCAAGGUGCUGAUUUUUGCAAGUCGUGCUUUGGCGCCACCCGAGCGGGCCCAUUUUCCUUAUGCUGCAGUCGAACGAUGUGCUCGUCAUGUCCGGGUGGAUGGUCUUUCGGCGCUGAUUGUCUGGAGGUUGCAGAGGACGCGGGCGUCCGAACGGAGACGCGACGAACAACCCUCGCCAGAGCUCCGACAGGGAUAUGCGGGGCGAAUACCUCGCGUGCGGCGUUACCAACGCAAUACGCUUCGCCGGCUGGGACUAGGCCCUGACGCAGCAUCCGAUUCCAACCUGCCGCUCCGCACAGCGCGUGGAAUGCCGGAUCCAGGCCGCACUUCGCACCACUUGUCGCCCAGUUCCCGACGCUCCUAA